UUUGACGUGAAGGGAGAGACUAAGCGCAAGUUUUGAUUGAUGUCUAUGGUUUUUCAAAACAAAUCAAUGCGGGGACACACCAAACCACCCCGAAAACUUGUCAUUGCCAUGUGCUUUCACAUAGGCCUGUAGGCUAGGCGUUCAUGUGUUUCAUUAUGACCAAAAGGACUCGGGUCAUGAAGUCAAACGGGCUGAAAGAUACACUGCGUAGCAGAUGUCUGAGAGACCUCGUGGUAGUGCUUCUCUUGUUGCUGGCGUUACAAGAACCAUGGCCCCUGACGCGUGGUCGACUGCAAACCCCAAGGGCCUUCCUUUGCCCUGCCAACGACUUCCUUUCGAACUUCACGACGCUCUUUCUGCGAGACAGAUCAGAUGCUGCCAGUACCCUUGUGGUGACUUUACCGCGACACACCGGUGAUCCCUGCCCCUCCCUCUUGCUGCGGCGCCUCGCCGGCGAGCCUCUGCUGUUGGUGGUUGGCGCGCAGCACGCAGCGCGGCCCGGCGGACUGCAUCAGGCGGCCUCAGGCUACUUGCUGAUGGGGACCGUGGACGAGGUUCGACUAGCUGUCCGUGUCUUGAGGCGUCGAGAGGACUGGACGCCACUCACCCGUCUGCUGGUGCACGUCCCUUACCACGCAGCGUCGGUUCAUCGGAGAGACUUUGCCCCGGGUGUCGUGCUGCGCCUCUUCUGGACCGAAAAGUCGGCCUUCAACGUCGCUGUGUCAACGUUACAUCCUGGCGGCAACUUCGUAUUCGUCUAUACACUCUACCCCUACGCUGAAAGGGGAGACCGAACAGUACGGUGUGGACAGGGAUCUGGCCACACAGCCUUUGUGGGCCUGGUGCCUGUGCGGCCACGCCUGGACACAACAGCACUGGUCGCACUGGACCCGUUCCCGAUCAAGUGCACAACUGGGCGCAUGACACGUACAUCCUGAAGAGCGUGUUCGAGGCAGCAGCAUGGCAGUGGAACUUUACUCCAGACAUUGACAUGACAGCAGCGAUACACACGGUGUCGCUACCGAAAGGUCCGUCACACUCCGCACUUCGCGCGGUGCUUGGCUCCUGGCUCCUUUUCGUCCUGAACUUCAACGUGGUCGUCAAGUCGCUGCUGACAGCGGAGACUACCAAGGCGACCACUGCCUCUCGCAUAACCUCGGUGGCGGAACUUCAAGACUCCAAAGUAACCGUCCUCGGCUACAACAGCGCACCGUAUGCGGGGGCAGUUGAGGCGAUGGGCUUCGGAGGGGCGAAGUCAGUGGCGUGCUUGGACGACGCUGUGGCUACAUGUUUGGCGAGGUUUGAGUCGGAUGAGAGCUUCGCGGUGCUGCGCACAGUCGAGAUGCCUUUCACCAUGAAGUGCCUGCGUGGCUGCCACUACGUCGUGGACGAGAGCGUGGGGCUCGCGUACUCCGUGUUCUACAUGCGUCGCCACGACCCGUUGGGCCAACGCCUCAGCGAGACUGUGCUCCUUCUGCACGCCUCGGGCAUCAUGGAUUACUGGCAUCGUCUGCACGAACCGCAACAAGAGCGAGCGUCUCGCCCUGCCGCAGAGGAGCCGGACGGGGCCGCCCCUUUCAGGCUGGCAGCCGUCGUGUGGACUGCGGGCCUCGCCUGUGCCACGACGGCAGCCAUCUCCGAAGCGAUCUGGUGGUGCUUGCGCUCGCGCUGUGCCAGGAAUUCCAGGAAAUUGUAAAUUUGCUACUGUCGCUCACCGCCAGAAAGAGGUAGGCUUUGUUUUGUUAUUAAGGUCUCGCCCCACCUGUUGGUGUUCUCUGCCAAAACGGUUGGGUGGGAAACUUUUCUCAAAUAAAUCAGCGCUCGUUGAGACAUGGGCUCUUUUCUUACAUGAGACACGCCCCGCAGAGCUGAGUGCCAUGAGACAGUGGCUCCAGGAGCCAAAUCUGUUUGGCUGUAAGGAUGUGGUUUACAGAAUUGGAAUGACCGAAUUUAUAUUAUUUCUUGACCGAUUUGGAGAAAUGUUUCACCUUACCUAUGGUGGACAUGCUGUUCCCUGUGCUACGUCCGGGUUCCGUUGAGCAUUGUAUAGGUUUGUAGACCUGAUUUGAUGGAGUUCAAUGAAAGGCAUUCGGUU